AUGGAAUACAUGAUCAGAUUUACGCAGACGCAUGAGACGUUCCGCCUCGCAGAAAUAACAGCCUUAGCGGUGCUUGAGGGUAUUGAUCUAGAGAUACUGUCGUACAGUCCCAGCUCGCCUUACUGCUUCGUCAAGUUGCCAUCUGAAGAAGCGGCCAUCAGACUAGUCCGGAGAAGCAUUCUAGCCAAAGCUAUCUACGAAGUCUGGGGACGCGGAUCUACCUAUGAAGAACUCUAUGACAACGUACGAACCGUCUCCCAACAUCUUUGGCCUGUGUACAAACAGUCCACUUUCAAGUUCGCCAUCGACUCUUUUCAAGGGUCCAGAUCCACUACCGAACAAAGGGAACUAAUCGAGAGUUUCAAAUUCAUCGGGCUUGAAGGACCCAUCCGAAUGAAAGGUGCAGAGCAGGAGUUCCGCAUCUUCGAAGACUGGCAACUCGAAGCUCUUCAUCUCAGUGCGCAUCAACCACAAGCGGUCCAUCUAGGACGGCACCUUGGUGGCUCAGACAGGGAUUCGAUCCUGAAAUAUGAUCUCAAGAAGCGGAAGUACAUCUGCACUACCUCCAUGGAUGCCGAGCUUGCUUUGAUCACGGCCAACAUCACCUUGGCUGCCCCUGGAAAGAUUUUCUAUGAUCCAUUUGUUGGCUCGGGUAGUUUCCCCGUAGCUUGUGCCCAUUUUGGUGCUCUUGCUUUUGGGAGUGAUAUUGAUGGUAGGAGUAUCAGAGGGAAGGGUGAGAUAAGCUUACGUUCGAAUUUCCUUCAAUAUGGGAUUACGGAUCAAUUUGGAGACAGCUUUGUUGCAGAUCUUACGAACACCCCUUUGAGAAAUGCGAGGAUAUUUGAUGGUAUCGUCUGCGAUCCGCCGUACGGUGUAAGAGAGGGAUUGAAGGUUCUUGGUAGCAGAGAUCCUUCGAAGGGGAAAGAGGUCGUGUAUCGUGAUGGUGUGGCACAUUAUCUAGAUCCAAAUUAUGUCCCUCCGAAGAAACCUUACAGUUUCCUGACCAUGCUGGAUGAUAUCCUGGAAUUCUCGUCACAAACCCUGGUUGACAACGGUCGGUUAUCAUUCUGGAUGCCGACUUCAAAUGAUCAAGAUCAAGAGAUCAAGAUACCGGAACAUCAUCGCCUCGAGAUCACCAGCGUUUGCACCCAAGCUUUUAAUAAAUGGUCCAGAAGACUCAUCACAUACAGCCGAAUCCCAGAUUCAGAGGUAAUAAAGGGCCCUGCUCGGGAACAAAGAGCUCAAGAGGGCGCCGUGAACGCUGACGACCUGAACCCAUUCAGGAAAGGGUACUUCAACGGAUUCAAGGCAGCUUUGCGUUGA